AUGUUGUAUGUUGUGUUCCAGUCACAGAGGUCUUGGAUUGACAACACCUUCUGCAAGAGAGAGUGUAUUAAAUUCCUCCCAUCACGUCGAGCCAUACACAGGUGAGCUGGAAUUGGUAUUUGCUGAACAAUGUCAAAAUGUCAUAUGAUAGUAGUGCUGGAAUUAUGAUUUUUACCAUGGUAAGCAGAAAUGUCUGGUUUUUGAAAAAGCGAACUUUUGGCAACCAUACUAACUGUUCCAGGAAAACUCUAGGUAUGUGGUUAUGUUGCUGCUGUAUAAUUUCCUGUUUAUUGCAGAUGUUCAGUCCCUCCUCGAUUCUGUGACAGCAGAAUUCUUAGCAAAAUCAUAAAUUCCCUGCAUGUUGUGCGAGGGCUUGCUUAUUUGACCAACCAUAUUUGACCGCAUAAAACAGUCAAAUCUUCGCAAUAUUAUUACAUAAAACGGACCCAUUGCCGCAGUACAAGAAGAGGGCUCGCAAUUUCAACCAAUCACCUCACAUUUACAGCAUAAUAUGGUUCAAUCAAGCCACAUGCUAACAAAUGUUUUCCCACGUCAGCACAUGUUUGUGACAAAUUUGACAAAAUCUUUGCAUAUUGCCUUGCAAAAUGUCAUAAUUGAAGAAGCGAAAUCUGUGGAAUCCUGGAGGGACUGGAUGUUAUCCAGGGUGUCAAGUAUGCCAAAACCUAAUAAGGUAUGACUUUACUAUGUGUGUGUGUGUGUGUGUGUGUGUGUGUGUGUGUGUGUGUGUGUACGUGUGUGUGUGCGUGUGCAUGUUUUGAGAGUGAGAUUUCCCAUUUUAGUGUAAAAGUAAACUAACAGACAGUAAUUCCAUGUAUACUAUCAUGACAUUUAUAGAGACAGUAAAACAUUUUUGUGCUAAUGUUUUACAACUAGAAAUGUUUGAGUUUUUCCUCUCUCCCUACCUCCCAGAUGCUGCUGUGGACGUCUGGUCGGGGAGCACAUCUGGCUGGAGACUCGCCCCUUCAUGUCCCACUGGCCUGGACCCCAGGCAGAACAGGAAGAGAGGUGGUCAGUGGAGUGUCACACACAAGCCAGUGCCACCGAUGCAUACGGAACCAUUGACUUCCAGGACAGCGCUGAACGUAACUGCCAUGCCAAGGUCUGUAGCAAUUGCUGCAUUCAUGUGCUAGUCGGAACUAGGAAACUCAGAAAUAUCCAACUGGGAAACUGGGGGUGCAACGAUGCUACCAGGGUUUCCCACUUGUAUUUCCCACUUGGAAGCUUGUUAGAAACUGUUAUCUCAUAUUCAUGUGGUUGACCAUGCUUUAUGUGAUGACUGUGCAGUACAUUCGUGUUGCGGUCGAUGCCGAAGCUGAGGCUCUGCUGCAGCUGAUGCUGAGGGAGUGGCAGAUGGAACGGCCUAAACUACUGCUGACUGUCCACGGGGGGGCAGAGAACUUCCCUCUCCCCCUCAAGGUUAGACAGGCCUUCAGCAAAGGCCUGAUCACCGCAGCCCAGAGCACUGGAGCCUGGAUACUCACAGACGGCAUCAACACA